UGAAGGCAUUGAAGGCAUUGGAGGCAUUUAACUCUCUCACUGAGUACUCUUAAAAAGUUUGAAGAGCAACGUAGUAGCUAAGAGUUUGAUUUUGAAGACAAUAAUUCAGCUCAGAUAAAUAAACACACACACGCGCGCAUAUAUAGAGCUACAAUAAUGGUUUGCUUUUGCUUUUUGGUGGAUCAGACGAGGAAGGUGAAGAGGAGCAAGCCGGCGGCGGGGACAUGCUCGCGGUGCGGCGGCGGGGCGAGCGUCGCCGACAUGAAAACAGAGACGAGGUUUUGUUAUGUUCCCUUCUAUUGGAGAUCUUGGAGAGCCAUAAUUUGUACUUUCUGUGGAGCCAUUCUUAAGUCCUAUAGAUGAUCGUUUUUUCUGAUCUCUUUUUCUUCUACACUUUCUAUUUUAUUUUAUAGUUUUAUGUCUUUUUCUUUUUAACUUGGCGGUGGGAGAUAUUUAAACUCUAUAGUACUUUAUGAUACAAUCAGCUGUGAAAUUAACACUAAGCGCCUAACUUGUAACCACGUCAUCUUCAAUUCCUUCUACUCCCUUUAUUUUUUUGUUUUCUUUUUAUGUAUAAUAUUAUGAACGUUUGUCA